AUGCAGUUCCACCGUCUCACAGCAUUUUUGCUUUCCCUCUUUGUCGCUUGCGUAUGCGCACAAUCAAUCACUUCAACUACAACCUUCACAGCAACAUCCACUCAUACUCGAACCAUUACAGUUUCUGAAGUCAUCGCAUCCGUUACAUCAACCUACGCAACCUACAACACAUCGGCUAUUGUACCUACAGGAUCAAUUGGAACCAUUAUCCCAGCUACAACUUCGACCAGCCCUCCAUUCCCUACCAACUUCACUGGUGCUGCACCAAGUGUUCAAGCAAGUUAUAGUGUAAUGGGGUUGUUUAUUAUGGUUGUUGCAGUGUUGCUGUAA